AUGUUGGAGGAGGUGAAACGCAAUGAACCCGUUACUUUGAUUGAUCGUCGAAUUAUGCACUACGUGCACCGCUCGCGGCUUCGUCACUUUCAGCUGUUUCGUUCAUAUCAACAGAAGUCAAACGCAACGGAGUGCAAGUUGCGUGAGGGGGAGAUGCUGCGUCGCCGCUGGCAUCGAAGGCUGCAGAAGUCAUUUAUUGCCUUUAUGCAAUUUAAGACGAUGAAGGUACUUGAAGACCAGGCGAGAUUGGUGAACACCUAUGGCCAGGCGGCUGUGAACGCGGCGUUGGGUGAUCCCUGGGAGGCCGCUGCAGACACGGUAAAGGACCGCAAGUAUGUGACAGUCCAGCGCAAGGUGAAUACCUUACCUGUACUUAGUGUUGUGCCCAAGCACGUUGCCACCAUGAAACAAAUCCACAAUGAUCGCUUUAAUUAUCGCUGGAGGGUGAAUUAA